GUUUCAACAGCAUUCAGUCGACUAGUCGAAUUCGAGAGAUCAGUGGAGAUCGGAGGCCUGACGCGUUCGCAAGCUAUUUCGUUCGGCGAACACGUGCUUUACCAGAAAUAAUAGUGCUCCGAGAAAUUUUUCAAUUAUAUUCAGCCUCGCGGUUUGUAAUACAUGUAGCCAACGGAAAGCUACCGGACAAAGAGACAAAUUUAACCCGGCCCUGUGGUUGGCCCCAGGAACGCGUCCCACAACUCCUUAUUUUUCAUUUUUCGAAUUAUUAUUAAAGUCGCCUCCGAGCUGUGCAUUCAAUUGGUGCUUCCAAUGACGCAUUGAACCGAUCGUUUUACGAAAAGUUUCAACGUGCUAAAGGUGAAGAUAACACGACGAAACAACGUAACAUCGAAUUACUGUAGAAUUUUUAACUACGCACCUACCUCACGAUGAAUCAUGCUAGAAAUUAUAAUCACAACACGAGCUUGUUUGGAAAUUACGUUCAGGAUAAUCAAGAAACCGAACAAGACUCAAACGUAGACCCAUUAUCCACGAUGACGCAUAGAUACCCGUGGUCGUUUAGCACUUCUGGCUAUUCUAAUUCAAGUUCACCAGGUACUGCAUCCUCAGGAAGCAGUACAAAUUCUCAAUGUUAUGGUCAAUCACCUGAUGAUCUAAGUGUUGACUCUUUGAUUAAUAGUCUACUACAAGUAGUAAACGGCGAUAGUUUUAACGGACCAGUUUCUUGCAAUAUUCAAUUCUCACAGAAUGGAAAUUCUACUAACAGAUGCAGGGAUUGUGUUGACGCAGUUUGCGAUUCUUGUUCUACUAGUCGAUUUUUGAAUCCUACAGACUUGGGCCAUGAAGAUGAUCACAAUCCAACCCAAAUUCUAUCUACGGAAACACCAAGCCCUCCCAUAACCAAUGCACCGCAUUUAAGUUCUUCAGGAUUACCACUGUUUUGUGAUAUACAUCGUGAUGCUCAAAGAUUUUAUUGCCAAACUUGUAGUAAACCCCUAUGUGGUGAAUGUGGAAUUCAUCACCACCAUGGUCACAUUACAGUUAACUUAAUGGAAGCUGUUGAAGGUGCUGGUCUUCAAGCGAAUCAAGUAUUAAGGGAAGCUAAACUUGGUAUCACCGCUCUCUCAGAAGAAUUAGAUGCUGUACAAAUGGCUGCAGAAAUAUUGGAACAAAAAGCGAGACAAGCAACUACAGAUGUAAUGUUGUGCGUAAGGAGAGUGGCUUCUGCUUUAGAAGUAAGAGAAAAAGAAUUGCUAGGUAAAAUCGAGAAAGCUAGGCUGCUUAAAUUUGCUGCGUUGAAAGCAAGAGACGAAGGACUCAGAAAUGGCAUAGCCAGACUAUCGCGUGCUGCUGAUAAGCUUAGAGAAGCAAUGGAGUCCAAAACUGUGUCUAGCAAUCCACUGAAUUUGUUACUUACUAAGGAUAUGGCUUCAGCUGAGGUUUUUCAAAUUCGUCAAAGUCGUCAAUCUCUCCCUUCACAAGAGGAAAACUGGAUCUCUUUUAAUGGUUUAGAGGGUUCUAUCCUCAAUGCUAUAGCAAAUCUUGGUGCUGUUGUGGUGAACAAUCCUGGUCCCAUAGGUGAUCGACGUGCUGUUAGGGGUCGUGGAAAUUCCCCUCAGAUAUUCCUCAGGCAGACAGCUUCGAUCCCGUUGAUUUCAAUUCCCCAAGGAAGACCAGUUCCAUCGAAUAAGUUUCCAGUUGUAGUGAGGAUAAAUCGUACCUCUGAUAUGUCGGUGAAACCAAAGAAAAUCAUUGGAAACAACGGUGAUACUGAAGAUAAUCUAUGUCGACCAUGGGGAAUAGCGUGUGAUAGAGAAGGUCAUGUUGUAAUAGCUGAUAGAUCAAACAAUCGUAUACAAGUAUAUCAUCAAGAUGGUACUUUUAUCAGAAAGUUUGGUACUCAUGGUACUGGACCAGGACAAUUCGAUCGACCUGCUGGUGUUGCGGUUGAUGCACGUCGCCGUAUAGUUGUAGCUGAUAAGGAUAAUCACCGUAUCCAGGUGUUGACAAUGGAAGGCCUAUUUCUUCUAAGUUUUGGCGAAAAAGGAUGUCGUUGUGGACAGUUCAAUUACCCGUGGGACGUCGCGGUGAAUUCAGACUGCCAGAUAGUCGUAUCCGACACGAGAAACCAUCGUGUACAGUUAUUCAGUCCCGAAGGGAUAUUUCUACGAAAAUACGGCUACGAAUCGGCGCCAAACAUGUGGAAGCAUUUCGAUUCGCCGCGUGGAGUUGCUUUUAAUCCCGAAGGGAACGUGGUCACGACGGAUUUCAACAAUCACAGGGUAGUGAUCAUUGAAGCUGAUUUCAUGCACGCCAAGAUCUUAGAGUGCGAGUGUGCAUCUGGUGCAAAACAGUUCCUGAGACCGCAAGGGCUAGUGAUCGAUGACGAAGGUAAUAUUAUCAUAGCCGAUUCGAGGAAUCAUCGAAUUCAGAUAUUCGAUUCGACUGGUAUAUUGAAAUGGAGAUUCGGUUGCUACGGAAAGGCCGAUGACGAAAUGGAUAGACCUUCGGGCAUCGCUUUGUGCCCUGACGGUAGCAUUGCGGUUGUAGAUUUCGGUAAUAAUCGAGUUCUUAUUAUUUAAGAUGUUUAUUUGGAUUUAUUAGAGAGAAAGAGAGGGAGAGAAUGAAAGGGAGAAGAGAAUACGAGGGAAAGAGAAAGAUUUUAUACACGUUAAAAUGUGCGACAGUGAUUGCGGACACGACCGUUACUGUUUUUCUCGAUUUUAGAAAUAAGCGUGUGACGCUUAAGCCCACAGAUAAACAAGCGUUAGAGGCAAUAUUUUCCUACUGAUUGUAUAUAAAUAAUGGAAAUCCGUAUAAGGUUCCUUUUGAAGCUUCGGGUUUUCUCACUUUGAGUGCCAAACAACCAAGUACAAAAAUGAACUUUUUGUUCUGAAGUCAUAUCGUUAUGGAUGUUCCCAUCAGAAGAGAAAUGUUAUUUUCACAUUAUUCAUACGUAGUUAUCCGUUGUCUAUAAAUUCGUGGAAGAAGCAAAAAAAAAAAGUAACUAAAGAUGUUAGUAUAAUAGUUUAAUAAAAAAGAAAAAUAAUAAAAAUUAGGGGAUGAUUCAUUCCAGUAUUUGGCUAUCUUAUAAGAUAGCAGUUAAUUAUAGGGAAGGAAUGAAGCGAAUCCAUUUCGUCGAAAAAUGUUUUUCAUACUGAGCAAUUAUAUUCUAUAUUACUUUUAAUAUUAAAACGAUGGCCAGGUUUUUUAAACUAUUUUGCCAGACAAUUUUAAAUAUACAAACAGAAGGUAUAAAUAAUAUUAUUGAAUAAAUAAAGUUAUGUCAGUAUGCGGUCAAAAUACUCAUUAAAAUUGGAAGUAUAGUGAUGCAAUACAAGUGGCGGAGAUUUAAUAUAAGAUAAAUAGUUACUAUUUUUAAUAAAAAUAUGUAACUAUCUUAUUAAAGGGGUAUUUGACAAAAUUUUGAAUAAUACAAAGGAUCGAGGAAAAUUUAAUGAAAAAAGAGAAAGUUAUCCCUAUGUGCUGCUUGUGUUAGCUUUGUUUCAUUUUUCAAUUUGAAUUAUUUUGUUUGGAAAUUUCCUAAAAUUGGCGCAGCUAAUUAUUUUAUUUUAUAUGAACCUUUUUUUUUAUAUAAAAUAUAAAAAUAUAAUUUUUCGAAUAUACAACGUUUGAUUAAAAUGAAGUAACAGUAUACAAUACUAUUGUGACCAACGUCAUAAAACUGUUUAACUAUUUGUAUAAGUUAAUGUCUCCUGUUAAAUAUGGAAGGAGACUAAAAUGCAAUUUGGCGUUACACAUACAUACUUAUGUGUGCAUAAUCGUUGUGAUUAAGAGUUUGUUUUUUAUGAGUGUAUGUAAUUGAGAAGGAAUGUGAACGACACAAAAGAUUGUGGAAAUGCAUGGACAAGAAGAAAAGAGAGCUAACAAAAAUAGCGCAGGGAGAUAAUGAACUAAGAGGUAUCAGUUGUCUCUAAAUGAUGCAACACAUUUAUCAAUGUAAUGCAAAAUCAAUGUUGUAGUAAUGUUUUUAACAUAUCAUACUUAAAAUUUAUACUUUCAGUUUGCAUUCCAGUACGAGUAUGUAUAAAUGGUCAAAAAUUAUUACUUGUUUUAUGUUUAUGACGAUUAUUAUCAUUACCAUUAUUUUCAUGACUUUUUACAUUGCCAUUAUGACUAGUAACAUUGUUAUCAUUAUUAAUUUUUCAUCGCCGAUUAUAGAAUCGAACUUCAUCUAAUGGCAUUCGCUAUACAUAAAGUAUUAGUUUUUAUACAGUAUAGAAAAACCCAAUGUGUCAGUCUUUGAAAAGAGAUGCAAGUGCUGUCGCAUUUAAUUUAAUUUGACAUUAACGAACUGAAAUAAUAUAUUAGUUACAUUCGCACAAUAUAAGACUGAACUAAGACUGAUUUAAUGCAGUAACAGGUUUUGUUCCUUGUUUAUCUUUACACAGUAAAUAAGAGAUUAAUGAAGAUUUGUGUUUAAGCAUCUAUUUUAAUAUUAUGUUCCCGAAUACCGUUGAAGAAUUUUUUAAAUGCAUAAUGUAAGAUCAUAAGGAUAAUUUUAUUGGCCUACUUUUAAGUAAUACGCAGAAUUUUAUUGAUUAACUUAUAUUUAUUUUUCUUUUUUUUUUUUAAUAAGAUGUAUGUUACCAAGCAAGUUAGUUCAUAGUAUUUUACACAUUUAUCAUCAAUCAACCACAGUAUUAGUUAUUUUGAGAAUUUAAGUUCAAACAAGAAAUGAUCUCUCAAGUAUAUUGCGUAGAAAUAUCUUCACAUAGUUGAAUUACAUAAAGAAAAAUAAACGAAUUCCAUAUUUUGAUUAUCAUUGUACUGAAUAUAUUGGAAACAGCGAUUCAACUUGAAGAAAAUGUUGAAGAAAUUUCUACGUAUAAGAAAUAGUUUAUGGAAGAAGUAUUUAUACAGAAAGUAAUUUCUUCUUAUUACAAUAUUAUAUAAUAGCAUUAUGGUAUGUGGCAAUAAUGUUGACCAUGGUAAAUAAAAAAACAAUUUUAUUAAAAUGUGCUUAUCUAAUGUAUUUUUAUCGCAAUGCUGUGCUAAUAGACAAAGAUUAAGUUAGAUUUUGAAUGUAUACAUCCUGCUCAAAUACUACAUAUAUGCAUUUAAUAAUCAGUAGAUUGCGAACAAAGUAUGUUUUUGUUAAAUAUUCGACAAAAGAGUAAUAGCUUAAUGUAAGUGCAGGGCAGGGAAUAGAUACCAAGUGUUGCACGUCCAUUUUUCAGAAAAUCAUAUACGAAUUUAUUUAUUCCUGUAUAAAAUAUUGGAUCAAUGCAAAGAUUUUGUUAUAGUUUCUUAUACUACAGCAAAAUAAUAAAUCCAAUAUUCUAUACAUAUUGUAAUAUGUAUACAUAUGUAUAAAUACUAUAGUAUAUAUAUACAUACAUACAUAUAGCUGAUAUAUACGUGUACUACACAAAAAAAAUAAAGAAAAGAAAGAAAAAAGUACAACAAGACUUGCAUACAAGACAAUUUAGUAAGCUAUGUUGUAUCUAGGAAAUGAAAUAUUCCUGUAACAAAAAUAAUAAAUUGAUCCUUGCUAUUUUUUGGUGAUUCCACUUUUUACAAAUCUUUUAAUGUCAAAAUUAAGUAUACAUGUUGCAAACUCUUUAUGCGGUAAGAUGAAGUUAGAGUGUUUGCGAGGCAAAUGCAUCUUCUCUGAAUAUUGAAAUAUUAUUAUUAUUAUUAUUAUAUGUAUACAAUCGUGUUUAAAAAUGAAUAAUCAAAAGUAAGAAGUAUAAAAAUAUGUAUGAUUUAAAUCACAUUCUGUAUGUGUCAUCUAUAAUAAAUUUUUUUUUACAAA